GCUCUGGUCACACCUAAUGGAAAACAAAUUUGAACAUUGCAUUUAAGCAAUUGGAUAUUUUACUAUUUUUCGGGAAGAAUAAACUGGAUUAAAAGAUGACCACCCCUGUGCCACGUCGCACCAAGGAUAUGGUGGCACUAGGAUUGGACUCGGAAUCAGAAGACGACCUUAAUACGCCUUACCGACCGCGACCAGCAACGGCGGGAGAAGUAAAACAGCAGCCGAUGGCGUCUUUCCAAAUCAUGGCGAGGGGCAAAGAGAAUGAUCCGCAUCCAAUGCCCAUAAAUGUGCUUCCACGCCGAGUCUCCGAGUUGACUAUGAUAGAUUCAAGCAGCGACGAGGAGGAUAUUAAGAGCAAUCACAACCUGAACUGCGCCAUCCUAAACGAUUCCUUUGUACUCAGCCCCUCCCAAGAGUUAACGAACAGCAACAGUAACAUUACUAAUCGUCGAUCACCCACUGCCGUCCCCCUGAAGCAAUCGGAUUCGAAUCUCUCAUUCCUAGGACGAUUUAAUAACAUGGGUAUCAAUUGCAGCAGCCAGGGAUCACCAGUUGCGAACUCGGAGAAUCAGGUGGCCAAAAAACCAGUGCUCACGGUCCAAACCGUCAUGGAAAGACGACCGCUCCAUGAAACAGAAAAGCGGCCACUCCAUAACUCAGAAACACCCAUGCGCAAUGAAAUAUCCUCGGCAAAAUCGGAUGCGGACUUUAUCACCCCUCAAGUGCGAACCAUUGGUUCCACUCUGGCCGGAAAAAGCCGAAGUGCGGCAACCAAUGACUUCCGUGCGCAAAAGGUGCUCUUCCAAACGCCAAUGACAGUUAGUCGUGCUGCUCCUGUUGCCUGUGACAGUAUAAGUUUUUCGCUUUGCGACACCAUAAGCGAGAGUCCCGACAUUCCAGAGCCGCCAAAGAAAGCAGAUCCUCCGAGUGGCCAUCAAUCCAAAAAGUCUCUCGAUAAUGCCUUCCAAGAGUCGGAUAAAGAUAACGUACCAGAUAAAGUAGAGGUAGCAAAGCCAAAGGAAUUGGUGUCGGUUCCCGCACCUAAUGUACAUCCUGUUCAGCCUUCUAACUCCUCUAAAACUUCUAAUAUAUUGAAAAUUAAGAAUCAUGAGUAUACGAUUGCCAAAAAGCUUGGCUGUGGCGGUUCCAGCUCGGUUUACUUGGCACGUCGUUCGGAUUCAGGAGAUGAAUUCGCCCUGAAGGUAGUGGACCUCCAGGCCGAUCCUCAAGUGGUGCAAGGCUAUCUCAACGAAACUAAGCUUCUGGCCAAGCUCCAAGGAAACGUUUGCGUUGUGGCGCUGUACGAUUAUCAACUUGUUCGCGAAGAGUCAAAGCUGUACAUGGUGAUGGAAAAGGGUGAUAGUGACCUAAACAAGAUCCUCCAGACAUACACCACAAACCUUCCGCUUUACAGCCUGAUGAACAUCCUGUACCAAAUGUUGCAGGCGGUCAAUUACAUCCACCAGAACGGUGUUAUUCACUCGGAUCUCAAGCCUGCUAAUUUUCUGAUGGUUAGCGGCAGACUAAAGCUGAUCGACUUUGGCAUUGCCAGCAAUAUCUCUUUGGACUCGACGAGCAUAAUCAAAUUUUCACAAGCGGGCACUUUCAAUUACAUUAGUCCGGAGGCACUGACAGACACCUCCACAGGCAACAGUCCGAUGCGCGGAGCCAAUCAGCCCAAGAUCAAGAUAUCAACCAAGUCAGAUGUGUGGUCGCUGGGCUGCAUCCUUUAUUUGUUACUCUACCAAAAGACUCCCUUUGGGCACAUUCGGAAUAUCUAUGCCAAGAUGAGUGCGAUCGCUACUCCGAGCACAAGCAUCGAAUUUCCCGCUAUUCCUCCCUACUAUCCCAUCAUGCUGGUUCAUAUGGCCAAGAACUGCCUUCAGCUGAAUCCAAAAAAGCGGCCGUCAUGCACUGAACUACUUCAGUAUCCAUUCCAUAUGAUUAUUCCGAUACAGAAUCUGCAGAUCCCCAGCAGAGCCGCCAGUACCAGUAAUUAAGCAUGAAAGCUCAACUAUUUAUUAGUCAAAUGUCAAAGGUUCAAUGUCUUUCUCAUAUGUGUGUGUAUAUAUUUAAUUCUCAUUUAUCGUAAAUUAAACAUCAUAAUUCCUUAUAA